AUGUCUUCCUGUAAUGUCGUUCAACACCUUCGUAGAAGUAUCCGUCAACCUGUUCAGCCUCAACAAUUGUUCUUGAGGCCUUACACAAACUCUACAUUUCGCCAGCCCCCUUCCGAAGAGUCAAUUUCUUCCUCCAACAUGAAUAAAUACCUAGAUAAAUUCGGGAAGACCACUGCAAAACGGAUUCCAACUGCCAUAUUUGCAAAAUUAAUUGUAAUUGGCCUUGUUGGUCUCAUGUCAGUGGACCUUCUUUAUGCCCGGUAUCGGAACAGAUGCAAUGAGCAUCGUCUCAUUGAGACUGUAGAAAAAGGCACUCAACCCGAAAUUGGUGAUGAGUUCAUCCCUCGACCUCUACUUGAAGAAGGCUUAAAGCAAAUUUUUCAUCCUCCUAAAAAUCAUUCAUCUUACCAUGUCGUCUGUGGUGAACAUGGAACCGGGAAAACUACGUUGACGAGAUUGACGGCAAGAAAAUUUGGACAGGGCGUUAUAUAUGUUGAUGUUCCAGCAAACCUUGACGAAUUUGGUGACGAAUUUGGAAAGGCCCUUAAUUUCACAUUUGAGGAGCACAUCUCUUUUACGGGACAACUUUUGCAAAAAAUCUUAGGGAGGACUAAAGAGGAAUCAAAGCAUCACAAGUGGGUAAGAGCUAUGGGUGCCUUUAAACUUGCCUCCGCCGUAUACAAAAAGAAACAAGGCAAACCACCAGUCAUUGUUUAUGACAACGUCAGCCGAUUGGUUCAUAAGAAUCCGGAUAUCCUUGAUACUCUCCAGGAUGAUGCAAAGGACAAUGCCGAUUUCAGUAAAUACAUUGCAGUAUUUGUCUGUAGCGAAGGUUCGGUCCCUCGAAGAAUGGAAU